AUGUUUAGUUAUAAGAAGAGGACAUCAACAUAUAACCGAAGACAGAGCACUGUUAGAGGAGAUACUGUUCAAGUUAACUUUAGAAAGAGAACUCAUCAGGAUGGACCUGAAUCCUCCUCACAACCGGAACAACAACAACAGCAGAAUGAACAGGAGAAAGACCAACAACAGAAGGAGCAACAGGUUGACAAGGAUGUGACCACAACUACCACAACAACUACAACAUCUACGAUACAACAGGUACAGGUACAGGAACAGAAUGGUGCCGCUGAUGCCCAGAUUGUAGACCAGACACAGGAGAUGGAACAGGAGCAACCACAACCUGCCCCAUUGGUUGCUCCUGCAACACCUAUGGCACCAGCAGCUGCUGCGACCGCUGUGCAGGCCUCAACUCCAUCAUCAAAGAAUGUAGAGAAUAACAAUGAUGGAGUUGGUGUACCAUCACCAACAAUGGCCUCAACAGACUCUGCAAUAUCAAUGAUGGGUUCAAUGAAGCUUCACAGUCCAACUGGAUCACCGUCAUCAACAUCAACAACUACAACAACAACAACCGCAGCAACAGCAACAUUAACACCAGGCCGCAACAAUGUACAGACACAACCUGACGUGCCAUUCGCCGACGCAUCCCUGCCACCCAUGGACCAUACCUCAUCAUCUUCAAGUGUCAACAACAACGACAAAACGCCACAGGCAAUCAAGAAGAAGGCCAAGCUUGAUCAUGUCGUUGACAACAGCAACGAUAACAACAACAACAACAUAAUAGUACCGUUGGCAAUGCCUUUGUCUCAGCCACCUCCCCAGCAGCAACAACAACAGGAAUCAAUCAAGAUCAGUAUUGCCAAGGACACCAAAGACAUGCUAGAGAUUAUCAAGGGUAUCGCAACCAAACAACUCAAUACAACGCCAGCCAACUUUAAGAAGACAUUGCGAGAGAUAUGUAAGAACUUCACGAUUGAGGUGUCCAAGAUUCCAGUGGAGAAGGUGAGCGAUAUCAAUGAGCAACACCAACAGAGACAACAACAGAGUCAGUUGACAAUGUUUAGAAACUACAAGAACAUGGAGGUCGAGAAGAGGAUAUCAACACUGCACACACUGAUAGAACGUUGGAGACAAGAGGAGAGGCAUUGGCAGAAUAUAUUGAGCCAGUUCUCCAAUCAGAAUGGCAGUGGUGCCAACGCGUUCUCCAAUGGCAACGCCAACUUUGGAUCCAGCGUCAUACUCAAGACACCAUCCAGGCCGACUAGGACGGGCGCCACCACGCACUUCAACUCGACCACCAAGAAGAAGCCAGCGCCACAGAUUCAACCGUUCAGUACGCCACUGGUCGUCAAGCACAAUCUUACAUCGAGCUUCCUAUCGACGUUGAGCCAGCCAGAUGCCACGCCAGCUCGUCAACCUCAAUCUCAAGCGACAGGCCAGGCAGCCGCACCUGCACCAGCACCAGUCGCACGCAAGGAGGAUCCAAGGAUCACAGCACUGCGGGAAUCAAUCCUGAGCAUUACAAUGAGGGUGGACGAGGUUGGACCACGUUUGAAGCAGGUGGAGCAGAGAGCCAUUGAGAUCCAGCAGUUCUACGCCGACCUGUCACAUCACUUCCACAACGAGCUGUUUGUAAACAAGCAUCCAGACAUUAACCAACCGGGCAAACUCAUCAACAACCUCAAGUCCCUGGCAUUGGCUGCCAAUGAGUUGGAGCAGUCGUAA